UCAUUGAACCGGGCAUGUCGAGGCAAGUGUCUCACGGCCACAUUCUGGCCAACUCCAGCUCACAUAUAGCUGAACACAUUAAUGGAUUAUGUAUUGGACCGUUUCAAAUAUCAUCGGCAUGCUGAGUGAGGCAGCCAAACAGUUACAUCAGACAAUGUAUUUGAACUAGAGUUAGUUAGUCUCUAAAACUGUGAGACAACAAAGUUGCGCUUAAGUUCGACUGCGUGACAUUUGCCUCACGGGCGUCCGCGGACAGAAGUGUCCUCCAACAAGCCUUUAGAAACCAGCUCAGGGAAGACGUCAUCGCCCUGCGACGUAUGUGUUUCUGCUGCCUCUUCUCCAGACAGUCGGGAGGUCAAGGUAACUGCUGUCUGUGAUCCCAGGUAACUGCUGUCUGUGAUCCCCAAUGACGGCCUCCACCCGCAGGACGGUGUUGUCACUGUACAUGCGGGUGUUUCGCAUCGCCCGUAGCUGGCAGGCACAGAGUGGAGUGAAAGGUGACACAGAGAUGGAGAGAAACUACAUUCUUCAGGAGGCCUGCACUCUGUUCAGACAGAACCAGCAGCUCACAGAUCAAGAAUCAAUAAAAAGGAGUAUAGAAGAAUGUGAAGCAAGGAUAGAUAUAGGUUUACAUUACAGGAACCCAUAUCCGAGGCCUGUAAACGUACCUACCACCGCUGGGAUUGGCAACUCAGAAAGGCAGGAAGCUGAAAGCACAGCAGCGCCUGAGGAAGCAGGCCAAGCCAAUAUACUUACAGUCAUAUGACGAGACCUGAUGCUCGAGCUCCUCGCCAGCAGUUCAAGUUACGAUGGGCAGGAAACUAGAGUGCAGUCACAAGUCGAUCUCAUGGGGUGAGCUGUAACAAGCACUCGGGAUGCUAGAACACCAGUCAUUCAGGAAAAAGACAUUUUUCAUUGUCUUUUUAUUUAUUUAUUUAUUUUUUACUUUAGAUUGCUUGAACAUGAGCUCCUCGGUGUAGCUAAAGGGUGUCAGCUUCUGUUCUGCUCAGGGAGGCUGUAGGGUUGAGAGACUUGUAAUUUAAGAUUAAGUUGUAUAUUUUUGUUUGUUUCUGUGUAAGAAAAUAAUAUGAUUAUUUCACAACUGCUAAAAAAACAAAUAAAGUUGUCAGAAAAAACCCUG